AUGGACGGCUUUCCCGUUGGACGUGGGCCCCUCGGACGCCCCUUCGUUCCCCGCCCAGCAGGAGGGCCGAGACGCAUGCUCCGACGCCAGCAUGCCCGAGUCCUGCCGCUCGGUUUCGCAGAGGAGCUCCACCCCGCCGAAACAGCUCAGGACGUCCAAGACAAUAUCAAGCGCGACCUCAAGGGCCACGUAGAUCGAAUCGACUCGCACCUCGCUACACAACCACCAAACGUCCCCAGCCCCAACCCAACCAAGGCCCUACUGGAAGCCCGCGUGAGAACCGAUCGGGAAGCACUACACCAGCUAAAACGCGACCGAAAAAGACACCGUGAGGAUACGCGACUAGGCUACUCACUCAGCGGACGACGAGACGAGCUGUUGCUGGGGCUAGGGGCCAUGUACGGAGUCGGAGUCGGUAACAGCGACUACGGCGACCUAGACGCGAUACCGUUUGAUCCGACGAAUCUACACCCGGCGCAUCUCGCGGGGAUCGCUAGGGAUAUACAAGAUUCUAUACGGGGGCAUAUGUUGGAGAGGGCCAUUACGCGUGCGCGGGAGAUUUUGGCUGCGAACCAGCUCGACAAGGCAGCCGACGACGAUCAUGACGGUCAGGGAAAAGAGCCCGAUAAGGAUAGAUCUAAUACCCGCAACCUUUUACCCCGUCUAUUUACUGGUCAUCUCGUGGACAGCAAGAAGCGCCGUUCUUCGGAUGCUCCAAACAGUAGUGACGACGACGAGUACACGCAUGAGACGAAGAAGGCGCGCACAUCAGGAGUUACGAUCUGCGACGAUGACGGUCUCGACCACAUGUCGCCUGGUCGCCAAAGAACACUCAAGUGGCUGGGACCAGUGGAAUUCCCAGACGACGAAUUAGAGGAACUCAGUCGAGACAACGGUACCUCAACACUCCGCAAAUCGGGCCUCACGUCGUUGCUCUCCGGUGGGAAAGAACCGGCUUUCCCAGUGACUUUCUCGGACACGCCGUCACCCGAGUCUUCCGUCUCCCGCCGUGGCCGGGAUGACGACCACGAAAGUCUCUUGUCGUCCCUGGCGCCAUCAGCCCAUGGGUAUGGCGGCAGCGAGAGUCCGGUCCUUUGUGACGAACAUUCGGUGCUUGGCUCAGCGGUCGCAGUUCCUAUUAAACUUUUAAAGCCGGAAAUUGUAAGGCACCUACGGAUCACAAGUGCGUGGCCCUAUUCGAGAUACGUCGAGGCGUGCAUGCGUCUGCUCCAUCCUACCUGGAAGCGAGUCACCAGCAGUCAGGCUACCCAGCUGGUCAACCGCCAUGGUCCCAUUCAUCUUAUGGACUCCGGCAUCCCUUCAACUGCGUUGAACAGCAACAAGAUCAACAACAUCAACAAGAUCAACCACGCCCAGAACCUACCGCGACGGCUUGUGUUCAUGCCUUGCAUUGGGCACCAUUGGACUGUUGCGCUGGUCGACCUCCAGGCCCAGCCCAACCAGUUCCUGCUCUGGGACCCCCACUUUGGUCUCGAUACCGCCAAAGUGGUCUUUCGCCUGCAGCCCUGUGUCCGUCAGACGGAUUACUACAGCUGUGGUGUGUGGGCAAUCUUCAAUGCCGACUGUCUGCUCCGCGGCGAGGAGCCGCCCACGGCCAUUAUCGAGACGGCCGAGAGUCUAUGGCUGGGCUGGGCAUCGCGACUGGAAGGCGGCGGCGGGGCAACAACAGAGUUCCAAAACUCUCAACGCAUCGAGGCUCAGCAGCCAGAGCAAGACAGAAGCACAGUCAAUCGCUUUGCUCCACACUUUGACUUCUGGAAAAACGAGCCGGCUGCUGCCAGGGUCACCAAGAUCCACCUGGAUUGGUGCAACCAGUGCCUUGUGGAGCUAAAAGCUGACGAUGAAGUGAAGCGACUCGGGACACAGGGCGAACGCCUCGAGCAAAUGAUAGCCAAGUAUAACCAGUUCAACCUGACAAGCGAGAAGGUGGGAGAUGCACAGUUGGACUCGGACAUCGACAGCUUCCAUGGCCAACUGCGAGAGAAGUACGAACUAGAUCUUGACUCGGCCAUCCAACAGGGGACAACGGAGGCAUCACGGCUGAUAGGAAUCGGGAACAAACUGCAGCAGAACAAGGCGCUGCGCGAAAAGCUGCAGGGAGAAUACCAGCCCCGCAAGGCCCUCUUAGAACGUCAGAAGGAGUGUUUGGAGAGGCAGAUAGCACUGCGGGAUGAGUACAGCGACCUGUACGAGGAAGGUCAGGAGUGA